AGAAGCAGCCCUGCCUGUGACAUUCACUGCUCUCAUGUCGGUGUCAUCUGUACAUUCCUAAAUAUCUCAAAAUGAACAUUAUGCUGUCCUCAUUUUCCCGACUGCGUGGUCUAACUCACGUGCGUAGCAUUCCCACAGCAGACCUAACUGGAACCUCUUACCUUAGAUCGUUCAGCAGCUGGAUUGGUCCUGGAGCAGCUGCUAGACCACAGGUUUUCAAAGCUUCAGAUACAUUUUCUUCACAAGCUGAAGGUUCAGGAGUGUUUCAGCAGGUUCCCUGGCAGUACCAGCAGGUACGGACCCGGAAAAGAGGCACCGAGUAUCAGCCCAAAAACAUCAAACGAAAGAGAACCCACGGCUGGAUCAAAAGGAUCAGCUCACAAGGAGGCAUCGAAGUGAUUCUGCGGCGGAUGUUGAAAGGACGGAAAUCGCUCACACACUGAAAGUUCCCAAUGGAAGAUUUGACUUUAAAGAAACAGACCUUGGUUCUUAUAUGCUGAAGGUGCUCAGCAUGCAGCAAAGAGUGUGUGGUCGGGGUCUGGCAGUUCCACAGUAUUGGUCUUGAGAGUGUAAAUGUGCCCUGUAGUUUUGCCCACCCAGUCUGGUUAGGACGGUUUUGGUCAAAGUCAUUACAUGUUAGCACAUUUGUUAAUUUCUUUUUCUUUUUGAGUAAACAUUGUUGACUUAAAGAAAUAAUGUUCCUAUAAUAAAAUUAUUUUCCAGAA